AUGUUUAAAUUUAGCAGGCUUAAGUUUUUAAAGAGCCUUGAUAUUCUUUAAGAAGACAAUCCAAUACUAAAGAAACAUUACCCAGUUAUGCACAAGGAAAUAUUAGAAAGGGUCUUGGCUUUUUAAAAAAAGACGCUUAAAAAUAGUAUCGAUAUGGUGGAUUGCACAAUAGGGACGGGAGCUCAUAGUCAGAUUCUAUUAGAACAUGUUAAAAAUCUUAAAAUGUAAGCAAUAAUCAUAUCUAGAUUAGGAUUGGACAUUGAUGAAAGGAUGAUAAAAAAUUUACCACAGAAUAUCACUGCUAAAUAGGAUAAUUUUAUUAAUUUUUAUAAGCACAGAACAUUGAGUGAUACCAAAUAUUUUGAUAUAAUAUUUGCUGAUCUUGGAUAUAACAUGUAAGAUACUUGAAUUUAUUUGGCAGAAAUUAGGUUUACGAUGAAUCUUAUGGUCUUAGUUACAAAAAGAAUUCUCUACUUGACAUGCGAUAUUCACAAUCCAUUUAAUAUACUGCUGCUGAUCUGCUCAAUAAUCGAUCACAAUAAGAGUUAAGAGAAAUCUUUUAUAAUUAUGGUAAUAUACACAAGGCGAAUCAAUUAGCCAAGAUUAUUAUUGAUAAUAGAUAAGUAAAAUUAUAUAAAUAAAAAAGAAAGAAAAGUUUGAAAGGGCUAAUCAAAUGAUAGAUAUUUUGAAUGAAUUAUCAAUGGGUGAUUAGAUUAUGAAGACUUUUCAGGCAUUGAGAAUAGCUGUCAAUCAAGAAAUUAAUAAUCUUAAUUUAUUUCUAGAAAAAGUAUAAAGCUAACAAAUAGUUGAUAAAUAAUUAAUUUUAAUAAUCACUUUCCAUUCAUUAGAAGCUGAAUCUGUCUAAAAAUUUAUCAUGAAAUUUAAAAAGUAAUUUUCCAUGAAAACUAUUAAACCUUCAGAAGAUGAAAUAAAAGAAAAUCCUCGUUCCAGAUCUGCUUUGUUGUUUGAAAUAAUUAAUAAGAGUAUUUGA